UUCGAAGUUUACUGCGUUAAUUCUUUUAAAUCGUGUUCUCCUAAUAUCUCGAAUGCAACUUCUUAAUUUGAAUAUCAGAACUCGUUUCACAUUGCUUAGCUAAUAAGCUCAGCUCUUAUCUAAUAUGUUUCUCGCAUAUCAAAAUGUUCAUGGAUCGACUUUUGACCAGUUCGAUUUUUGACCAGUUCAACGAUUGUGUAACAAUUAACCAGUCGUCAAACUAUUGAUCGCUGUGUCUUCUAUGGUCGUCUAAACGUAGACGACGUAUGUUUACGUACUAAAUUUGAGGUUAACUAUUUUAAUUGCAAUUUGUGCUGUUUCACAAGCUGUUGGUUAAAAAAUCAAUAAAUUUUUUGAAGAAACAUGUCGGGUUCAGUUAAACAUCGAACUGUUACACCGCUAAUAAAACUUAUUCAAGAUAUUGGACGAGGUAGAAAAGUUGUGUUAGCCAGUAGAUAUGCUGAUGAGCAAGCUGCUCGUACUCAACCUCCACCAGAUAUACCUGGAGGUCCAUAUCAUAAAACUUUUGAAAUUUAUUAUUAUGCACGAGAUGCCAGAAGAGAAGUUCAACCACCAUUACUAAUUAGCGGAUCGAAACAAAUUGGCAAAGAGGAAAAGGUUCCAGAAAAGAAGUAUUUUACUCCAGCAAAACCUUAUAAUUGGGAUGCUUAAUUUUAGAAUAAAAAUAAACAUGUCAGUGAUGUUAUGUCACAAACCAUAUCGUAACAUUGUUCAGUUACAGGUUUGUUGACUUGAUUAUUGUAUAUAGAAAAUAGAUUAAGCUAUUUAAUGAG